UGCACAGUCGACAUUGACGUGUAUUGUGAGUGAGAGACAUGCAGGCAGUAGGCAUCAAUGACAGACACCCCAGCACAUAAACAGUCGACUCUCAGCCUGUUGGAUGUUCGAGGCUCCAGGCAGCGGACAGCCGGCGGUUUGUGAUCCGAGCUGAGGAUGCGGGAGCAGGUGUGGGCCUCCUGGUUCUCCUGGUGCUUUCUACUCUUCAUCAACGCGCACUCAUCAUCAUCAUCAUCUGUGUCCGCCGCCAGAGAGCUGCGGCCGUGCGAUGAGGUGAGCGCUUAUAGGACAGAUAUGUUAUUUCCAUUUGAUCUGAUGCUACUUCAAUGCUGAGUGAUAUUUAGAGACUGUGUUUUCUAAUCGGGUAAUUACAUGCAUUUUAAUCUCAUUGCUCUUUUGUAGAAAUUGGCAUUGUUUAUCAAAGCGAUUAUCAAGUCAAGAAAAUGGCCAUGCGCGCAGAAAUAACCCCCCAGAUGAUGCUCAAAAAUGCUUCAUUGGAGCUCAUUUUAAAAAACCCCAAACCGCAGAUUCCUUUUAAGCUUUUCUAAUGUAUCCACGCGAGAACACAAGGUUCUCUUGACACCACUGAUCGGCUUAAAAUGCGGUUCAUGUUGACUAUAAACACCCUCCAUAACGAGAUGACGCUGUCUGCUGGCCUCCAUCCCUCCUCCACAGCAGCCACCUGCCGGCCAACAGGGCUAGGAUGACCCGCUGUGGAGGAUGAGAUGCUGGGAAGACUACUAUGUAUGGUGGCCGAGAACCGCCACUGUUGCAAAUAAAAAAAGAAUGCAAAAAAAGAAGUCACAAUGGAAGUCACCAGUGCAAAAAAAAAGAAAAGAAAAAAAUGAAGCCCGCUGCAAAUAAAAAAAGAAAUGGUGCGGAUAAAAAAAAAAAAAAAAAGCCACACGGAAGUUAAUGACACAAAAAAGUGGAGUUGCAAAAAAAAAAGUAACUUAAAAAGCUGAUCGUAAAACACUGGUGCAUCAUCAUUAUUGGUCCCCAGAAGCUCACUUCCAUUGGGGCUUUUUUAUUUGCAUCCUUUUAUUUUCGCAGUAAGUGAAAUUUUUUUUUGCAUCGCCAGUUUUUUUUUGCAUCGUUAACUUCUGUCGUGGCUUGUUUUAUUUCUUUAUCUGCACCGUUUCUUUUUUAUUUUAUUUGCAUCAAUAACUUCCAUUGUGACUUCUUUUUUUUAUUUGCAGCAGUGGCCAUUCUUGGCCACCGUAACUAUAAAAAAUAAAUAAAUAAAUAAAAAACAACAUUUAAAUUUAUCAUUAAAGGAUUAAAGUUUUUACAUUUACAAACAGGCCAUACUGAAUGCUACAUUCGAUUGUCAAAAGUCAGCAAGGACAAAAUAAGCAAAGAUACUUUAAUCUAAAAGGGGCACAAAUUUUGAUGCAGACGAAAAGUCCCUGACAGGAGCUUAAACUAUCAAAUUAACAAACACAAUACCAGAGUAAAAGCAAACAAAUCCUUGCUGAAAAGUGGAUUAAAAGUAUGAAGUUGCAGAGAAUGGAUCAUGGGGGUAAGUCGAGUGCAAAAAAUCUUUGAACAGCAUGUCCAAAGUCUGGAUUAUCAAAAAGUGUUUUUGUAUUUUACCCCCACCAGAUCUUAAAAUUCGAUGCUCUGCUAGUAAACUUUAAGGAAAAUAUUUGCACUCUAUCUUUGCGAUUUUAAGACAGAUGUCUAUCUGACUACACCCCUGGUCAGCUGCAUCCUGCUGCUGUCAAAUUAAGUGGGUGGUGUAUUGAACAGUGUAUUGUAAAUGUGACUUUUAGCAAUAAAACAAAUAGGCGUGUUUUCUUCAGUCCUGCACUUUCCUGAUUUAAAGGAUGGCUCAUCAUGGUGUUGAAUCCUAACCCCCAUCCCCUGUCUCUUUUCUUCUCAUCAGUCUCUAUGACAACAAGCGUGAGUCACCCUAGAGACCAGUGAAACACAUUAGCUCAUGUCUUUUUUUUUAUCAGUUACCUUUUAGAACUGUCAACACUCCAGCCCUGUUAUUUGUCCAUUUGCACAGAAAGAGUCAGCAGGCGACUCCCUGUGCAGGUGGCCAUGUUUACAUGUUAAUGAAGACGUCGACUUCUCUCAUGGCAAUCCACAAUUUAUGUGUUUGUUUGUUGGGGGAGGACAGCAUGAAUGGGCAGGUUUUAUUAUAGCAGAGAAGUGAUUCGUAAUUUGAUAGGAAAAGCUUAUCUUUACCACACAUACACUCUGAAUGUGAAACCAUCUCUCUUUGUCUCUGAUUGAUGCCACCCCACACAGACAAACCAGGACACUUUAUGUGAUUUUUCCUAUUUAAUUAGCUGCCGCUGAGCCAGGUGCCUGACACUGACAAUUGGUCUGUCCAGCUGAACAGCAGGUUAGGGGGAGGAGAUGAAGAUCUACGAGAGAGAGAGAGAGAGAGAGAGGUUUUGAAGUCCUUGGACAAUGCUUUGAAAGAACAGAGCGUGUAAUCAUUAUUGUUUUCCUAAAAAAUACAGUAGGUUUUGUUUGGAUUAAGGGCUGAGAAAAAGAAGACAGUGCAAAACAUAAACAGCUGCUUUCUUCCUGCGUCAUUCUGUAUCAUCAUUUUACAUACAAUAUUAAAGUUAGGUCAACAAAAUCAAACUGAUAUUUUUUAUGUGUAUGCAAUAAUGAAUUCAUGAGUAUAAGGUCACAACCAAAAGCCCUCGGAAAGAAGCGAUUGUACACAUGACCUGCUGUCGUGCUCUUAAUGGACCAUUAGUGUUCCAGUGGUCGGUUGCCGUGGUGAUCAGGGUCACUGCCAAUGUUCCUUUUAUGCACGCAUAGGCUUGUUGUCAUAUGUCCUCUGCUACAUGAUUGCAACAAGUCAUGUGUGUUCAGUGCUCUGUGUGAUUUUAAAAAGGAGCUUUGUGAGUGGAGUAUAAAUGUAAUUUGCUUUUAUAAUGAAUAUUAACUGAAAUGUUAUGCAAGUUUACGAUACACAAUGUGAGUCAAAUGCUUAUAUAAGAAUGCUAAUACUCUACUAAUGACUAACCUACAUGCCGGUAUAAGCAAGUAGCAUAUUAAACAAAUGAGACAAAUGAUGUUUACUAGCUUUUUUUUUCCUGUAAAUGCUGCUUUGGUGUUAGCUGUCAGACAUGGCAACUAACAGCACUCAAGGCAAAUAGCAUUAAUAGGUAAAAUCUUUGGCUUAUGAAAAACACGGACCACACACGUGCAGGACAAAAUAAGCACAAAAAAAACAAGACAUAUCCUGGUCCAUAGGGGGUGCCAAAACCAACACAAACAAGUAGUUACUUACAAGAGCUUUAACUUGCCUGAAACAAAGAGUAGGCUAACAGAAAAAUAGUUGGAUUAGUAUAAAAGUAAGUAAGUAAGUCUAAAAGUGUUGCAUGGUUGGAAACCCUGACCUGAUGACAGUGCCAGAAAAAAAGUAAAGUGAUCGCCAAAAUCAGCAGACUACAUAAUAUACACCUGCUGCAAUAUCAGAAUGACUCCAGUGAUUGACUUACUUUGAAAUCAAUAUAGUGGUCCUGCAAGCUCAGCCAAACCCAAAUGGGAUGACUUAUUGAUCUGUAAAUCUGUGUGUGUCUCUGCAGACAGACUACUACUUCCAGUACACAGAGUGUGACAGCACAGGGUCUCGAUGGAGAGUCGCUAUCCCUCUCAACCCAGGCUCCUGCUCAGGCCUCCCUCCUCCGACCAGAGGAACAGACUGCUGUAAGUGCAGCCGUUAUAUUCAUGUGUGUAUCCUCACGUUUUGAGAUGUUUUGACUCUGUUUUCUCCCCGUGUCACAGCUUUCUCCUGUCCGGCUGGGAUGUAUCUAGAGAUGACCACACAGCAGUGCACGCCAUGUGCCGCAGGCUCCUAUUCUCUGGGGAGUGGCCUACGAUUUGACCAAUGGGACGCCAUCCCUGCAGGCUUCACGAGCAUGGCCAGUUUUUUAGAUGCUGGUCCAAAUGGUGAAGAUAUUCAGGCUUGUAACAGGUGACACAAACAAUCACAGACAACAUCAUCCCCAGAGACACAAUCCACGCUAUUCACAGAUAUAACUCUUUAUUUACCCUUUUGUUUUUACUGAUUGUGUUUUCUUCGUGCUACAGCUCCUCCUGGACGCCACAAGGUGUAUACCUGGAAUCAAACCGUGAUGAGUGCACUGUGUCUUUAGUUUACGCCGUCCAUCUGGAGAAACAAGGAUCCGUCUCCUUCACCUACCAGUAUCCAGACAACAACAUCUUCUUUGAGUUUUAUGUAAGCACCACAAAUUUCUUGUUGUAGCAUGAUUUAUUUCAUUAUAUUUAAAGCCAAUACAAUGAGCUAACAUUAUAAUAUGUUGGAGCUGGGAAUGACGCCACAUUCGAUUUUACUGCUUCAAAAUUCUAGGCACAAACAACAUACUUCUAGUUUGAAAGCACCAUAACAACAUGUCUUCAGAUGAAACCUGCACAAUGCUAUUGGAGUGGCUGACUGAAUUACGACCAACCAUCUUAGAUUUUUAGCUCAGGGUGCCUCAAAAGUUGCUUGGAGUUUCCAAGUUGGGAAAUCCAACUUAAGGGUGUAUACUGAGGGAUGUGUUCAAAUGGGAUUCACCAAGACAUAGCUUCGGUUCAUUUGACGCAGUUUGAAGGUAUCGCCUCUUCACGUUGGCCCAAAUUACCACAGCUCUUAUCCAGAACACCUUGCCUACCACAAAUCUGGUUACACUCUUGUUUGCUGUAAUUGCAACUUAGCUUGUUCAGGUUGAACUUGAAUCAGUGAAUUGUUCUUUUGUUCAGGUCCAAAACGAGCAGUGUCAGGAAAUGGCCCAGACUGAUGAGCAGAAAUGGAUUAAAGUCACUAACAAUGGAGAAUGGGGCACACACACAGUAAGUGGCAGGCUCCUUUUGUGUAACUAAAGACAGAUUUAAUACAUGUAAGUACUUAAUCAUGAGUGUCUCCUUUUUGUUUGUUUGUUUUUAAGGUGAAUCUGAAAUCUGGUACGAACAUCCUUUACUGGAGAACCACUGGCAUCCUGGUGGGAGGGAAGAUGUUUAAACCUGUGCUGCUCAAGAACAUCCAAAUAGAAGGUGAAACAAAGACUCGAACAUACAAAACUGAACAUUUCCAACAGAUACAAUAAGUAAUGAAAAACUCUAAAGAUCACCUUAUGCGUGUUUUUGUGUUUCACUGUUUGUUUACAUCGCACAGGUGUUGCCUACACAUCAGAGUGUUUCCCGUGUCGGCCUGGCUGGUUCAGCCCGACCCCUGGCUCCUCAUCCUGUCAGCCCUGUCCCAGCAACACCUUCUCCAUAAAGGAUGCAUCAUUCUGUUCACCCUGCCCUGAACACCAUUACUCCCGUAUGUAUGAUUUCCUCCGUUACUUUAAAAGAUGUGAUGUUUUGCUUGCUUUCUCUCCAGAAUAGCUGUCAGAUCAGCAAAUACAAAUCUAAAAAAUAUCUGCUAUGAUUAUCCUGACUUCCUGUCGAUACUACUCCAGUUUGUAAUGUAAUGUAAAUAGUUAUCACAAAUAUGACUGACAUGUUAUCCUUGGUUUUGGCUAUUAUAAGAAUUAAGGCAACUUCAUUAUAUUGGGAUCUACUUGGAGAUGAAUCCACCUUUCUCUUUCUGGUUUGCACACGUUUCUGUCUAUCACAGCAUAAUGGAUCAUAACGUCUUUGACUCUUCUGUUUCUGACUCUCUUCUCUCUCAGAGGAAGGAUGGGCAGAGUGUAAGCCGAGGCCACCGUGCUCAGAGAGGGAUUACUUUCAGAUCCACACGGCCUGUGACAGCGAAGGAAAGGUCAGCAGCACAUGCUCACACAAUUAUCAACAAACACAUCCCAUUGCUAACAUGGUGUAUAUUAGAGGAAAACAUGCACAUUUUGAGUUUUAAGUUAGUUUUGGAUGAGUUGUUAGGCUUACAAAGAAUUUUUUUUUAUACCCAUUCAAACAACUUAUCAGCUUGAGUCUAGAAAACCAGGACUCGAGCUGGAUUCAAGUCUGAAGAAACUCAUUUUAUCCUGGUUCUUAUUCAGGUGAUGAAAAAGAUCACAUGCAAUUAUUGCUUCAGCCUGUAGCUUGUCCAUAAAUGCAUCGUCUGUAGCUUUUUCUACAUUCAUUUUUUAAUAGAUUAUUUAUCAUGCAGACCUGUUUCAGCUCUGUCAGCUCAUUGAAUUUGAAACCAGAGAAGUCACACAAUGUGAUGAAAGGGAAAACCAUGAACAGCUUUGUGUGCACUUUACAUGUCAUCUAAUCCAAGGGAAGCUUUCACUGUGUUCGUCCAUGACCUUGGCCUGUUAUGGAGGCUUGUUUCCAAAGAUGUUGAAUGAGAUUGAAAAAUAGAGAUUUACCCCUUUUUAUCAGUAGAUUUCUUUUGUUUUUUAAACUACAUUUAAAGUAGACUCCUUGGUUUCAGACUCAGGUGUUGUAUCGAUGGGUGGAGCCAAAAAUCUGUGUGGAGAACAUCACAGGAGCGGUGGAGCUGCCAGCGACAGGGCAGAGAGAGCCAUGUCCUCCCUGCAACCCCGGCUACUACAACAGCAAUGACUCCACCUGUCUGCCCUGCCCACCUGGAACCCACUCAGAUGGCACCUAUGGUAAACCUGACCACACCUCUGCACACCUGUGUUGAUAUAAAACAAACCUGUUCAAUCUAGAGUUAAUCAUGAAAGUUAUACAAACACUUUUUUGUGUCUUUUUACUCUUCAAAAUACUCUCUUCAAAGUUCUGAACUUAAUAUAAAACUCUCUCAUAAUAUAAAGUUAUUUCUAUCGGCUUUAUCUGCCUUUUUGAAUGAGACGGAUAAAAGAGACAGGACCCAGCAGGAUAAGCCGCUCCUGAAAUCUCGGCCCUUCUGCAAACAUUUUCUUUUAUCUGAGAAGUAAACAUCAUUAUAAGCAUCUAAAUGAAGCUUUUGUGUGUGCUUGUGUGUGUGUUUUGUACCAGUGUGCACUCAGUGUCCUGCAGGUUCAGAGCCGGUGUUGGGUUACGAGUACAAAUGGUGGAACGUGCUGCCCUCCAACAUGAAGACGUCCUGUUUCAACGUGGGCAACUCCAACUGUGACGACAUGAACGGUGAGAAUGAUGAACUCAAAGUGAUACGAGGAAAAUAAAUCACUGUUCAUUGAACAAACUUUUUGUGGUAGAUUGCAAAUUUUCUUCAUGAAACCCACCAAAGAAGUAAACAACCACCAACAAUAUUUAACAAUAUUUAUUUAGCUCAGAUUUCGUCAUGUAAUACAAUGAUUUCAGUUGAUAUGACUAAUGUUUUCUGUCCAGCUGAAACCCUCUUUCAUAGUCGCCCACAUGUAGCUUUCACGAUCUGUCAGUCAAAGUCAGUGUGGUGUAACAUUAGUGCUUGAUUUGCUCUAUUCCUCAGGGUGGGAAGUAGCAGGAGACCACAUUCGCAGUGGAGCAGGAAGUUCUGAUAACGACUAUCUCAUCCUCAGCCUGCAUGUACCCGGCUUCAAGUAAGUAUCUGAUACAGAUGAUGUUUCAUAUGUAGUUACAACAACUACAUGUCUUUUCUUUUCUUUUCAUGACAGAGUUCCAGCUUCACUCUCAGGGAUGACUGGCAGUGAGUUUGGCCAGAUAACCUUCGUGUUUGAGACCAUCUGCUCGGCCGACUGUGAGCUCUACUUCAUGACGGUGUGUGCUCAGUGUCUAUGUGUGUGAUCUCGUGUUUGAAGCAGAAGGUGGUAAUUAGGUGGCACAUUUUUAGAGCAGCCCAGAAUAGCAACAUUUGUCCCCAGAGGUGGUCCACUUGAUAAAAAGAUAAUGAUAGCAUGUUGCAGUUCAGUUACAUCUCUUUUCUUUUUUGCUUUGUCUCUGCAGGAUGUGAACAGGAAGAGCACCACGGUGGUGGAGUCCUGGGAAGGCAGUAAAGGGAAGCAGACGUACUCUCACAGCAUGACCAGGAACGCUUCAGUCACUUAUACAUGGGCCUUCCAGAGGACCAAUCACGCUCUGGAUGUGAGUGAAACCACAGGAUGCCCUAUUACAUGAAACAAUGAUCAGAUUUUUAGCUGUAGAAUCUAAAUACAGGAUCGGUCCAAACUAAAAUAGGACUAUCAGAAGGACUGUGAAUUAAUUUUGCACUAAUGUUCAUGUUCCACAAAUUAUUUUAGGAUUUAUCAAUUGAGAUGAAAGCUCUAGUGGGAAGUUUUUGAUUAGUUAUGAAACAUACUGAAAUGAGCAGUGCUUAAUCUCUAAGAUGUACAAAAUGAGACAUCAAAAAUGAGACUGAUGAUAAGUAUAAUUUGAAUGCCUGUGUCUGCUGUAAGGGGGUAGGUACCUUGAAGAAUCAGUCUCUCUUACAUUUCCCCUCUGCAAAUGUUCACUGUGAGUAAAAAAUUCCACAGUAAAAAAAUAACUGGAGAUUUUUUUGUCAAUUAGAACGAUUCCUGAGGACACAGUUAAAUUAGCAACUACUUGAAGGUUACCACUUUGUCCUCAGGGGGCACCAAAGACAGGGCUGACAGAAAGUUCCUCACAGGAGCUUUAAGAGUUUGAUAAGGAUUUUCAAAUCGUCUGAUCAAAUUGAAUAAAUAUCUGUACCUUAGCAUGUUUUAAAGUUUACCCUGUGUUUGUGUAGGUUCGUCGUUAUGUGAGCGACGUGGUGAAGCUGUACUCCAUCACUGUCACGAACGUCCUGGACGGUGUGGCCUCAUCAUGUCGGGCCUGCGCUCUGAUACCUCAGAACUCCCAGCAGCCUGGCUCCUCCUGCGUCCCCUGCCCUGCCGGUUUUUACAUCGACAGAGAAACCAACCGCUGCCAGGAGUGUCCCCCAAAUACACACCUAGCUGGACGACACACCUACGGCCAGGACGCAUGUGUCGCCUGUGGACCUGGAAGUAUCAGUAACAAGGUAGAGGACUGAAAACACUGUAUUUGUGAGCACAGCUAAUGAGAAUCUGGUCAAGAAAAUACCAUAAUGUGAGCAGAUGUUGAAGAAAAAAAAUAAGUCCAUAGUUCUGCCUAUCUUGGUGGUUGUAUGUGUUGUAAUUGUUGACAUUUCAUUAAUGUAUUCCCUCUCCUUCAGGAACACUCACGCUGCUACAGCAACUGCUCCUUCACCUACACAGAGAACAAUCGGACACUGACCUUUGACCUCAGCCCCAUGAACGAUGUGGCCUCCCUGAUCAUCGGGCCGAGCUUCACCUCUAAAGGAACAAAAUACCUUCACAUGUUCAACAUCAGUCUGUGUGGCCAUGAGGUAGGUCACACUUUCUUUAUAUUGUUUGUUUUUGCCUUUUCAGCAAAGUUCAUGAGGUCUCUGUCUAACUCUAAUUUUGUAGACAUAUCCUUCUUACUCUGUUUUUAAACUAGAUACCUUAUUCUUGGCCAGGCCUUAUUCCAAUAUCCUUGUAAAAAUUCCAUACCCUGUUUUAAGAUACAGUAUAUUCACAAUGCAAGAAAAUGAUUGAUAUUUUAGCUUGCCUGUCACCACAGUGUGAUAAAACAACAACAAAAGCUGCUGGGAAACCUGAAGCGUAACCAUAGCAACUGACAGAUUAUUUGCAUGUGCUGUCACAGGGGAGGAGAGCUGCUGUCUGCACAGAUAAUGUCACUGAUGUGUCCAACAAAGACGACCAGAGCGACUUGGCUAAGUUUGUCAACUCAGUCGACAGCUUCAUCUGUCAAUCAACCAUCAUCCCUGCAGAUGGGCGGGGCUUCAGGAUGGCCAUUUCCUCCCAGUCCAUCAGCCUUGCAGAAACUUUCAUUGGUGCGAAGCCUGUCAAAUCACUGCAUGCUUCUCUCUAAUAAUUAGCGACUAUUGCGAGCUCUAAUCUGUGUGUUUUUCUUCAGGAGCCACAGUGGACAGCGUGCUGGACGGGGUGAACGCUAAACCAGAUCUUUUCCCUGAAAACUCAAAAGAUGUUGCAGAUAUCAACUUCUUCUACAGGUACUACAGGAAUCACAGUAUGUUUUUGCUUUUUUGUGUGUUCACAUUUUAACAGUGACAUUAUUUCUUAACAGGUCGAUGCAGCCGACAGCCUCCUGUGAUCAGGGUCGGAGUUCAGUCAUCACUGUGCGGUGCAACCCUGAGAAAUCUGAGCGAGGAGAGGUCUCCGUACCCAGGUAGAAGAUGGUUCACUGAGGCUGUGUGUGAGGCUGUGCUUUAUUUACAGAUGGAACUGUUGCUUAAUAACUUCUAUUUUUAUAUAAACUUUAGAAUGAAAGUAUAAUGUCUAAAAGUAUAUAAUUAAAAGACUGAAGUAGAACAUGUAAGAGGGUGUAAAAUAUGUGUGUGUUGCAGUUCCUGUCCGGCAGGGACAUGUGAUGGAUGCACCUUUCACUUCCUGUGGGAGAGCUCCAGCGCCUGCCCUCGCUGCUCUGAGGAGGAUUACCACCAGAUAGACGGAGCAUGCAAGGGAGGAGUCCAGGUAACACACAUGAACACACACUAGCCUACACACCAACGUACAAAGUAAAUAUCUGAUGUUUCCUGCACAUUCUAUUCUGUAUUUUAUUCCCUUCAAAAAAUAAAGAUUAGAUAACAUGAAGGCAUUAAUAAAAUGUGAUGGUAUGUCUCACUGUAAAAAUAGUCAUCUUGUUUUAGCUUACCCAGAUCAUCAUCAUCACCACUUUUUGCCCCAUUUCACUAGAAAAAUUAAGCACUAAAUCCAGACUUGUAGUUACAAACCUAAAUCUCUGCAUUCUGAAGAAAAAGAAAAACUGAUCCUCUGUCCUCCUCCAGGAAACUCUGUAUGUCUGGAACGAGCCAAAGCUCUGCACCAAAGGUGUGUCACUGCCUCCCAGAAGCUCCUCUCCGUGCGAGGCUGUCGCUCUGUGGCUGAAGGUCGGAGUCGGAGGUGGAGCUUUCAUGGCAGUGCUGCUCAUCUCUCUCACCUGCUAUUUCUGGAAGAAAAAUCAGAGGUCAGAGGCGCCUGAUUAUCUGACACCACAAACUAUCUCAGUCAUAGUCACCUUUAGGUAUUAACUCAGUCUGGCAACACUGAAGUAGACUGUGAAAUAAGGAUGUGAUGUUACUCAUGUGAUUGUGGGAAUGGCACAUGUUAAGUGUGAAAUUGAUGCAGUCUGAGUUGCCUGCCUGGACUGGUUAGCAGGAGCCACUCCGCUAAAGCGAGAACUAGCAGAAGCUGUUAGCCACAGAGAGAAAAAGAGAGAAAAAGAAGUCUGUGUUUAUGUUUUGAAUUAACUUUAACUGAAGACAAACCCAAGAAAACCCAUUAAUUUUCCUUUCUUCUGUUUAGGCUUGAGUAUAAGUACUCUCGUCUUGUGAUGUCUGCCAACAAAGAGUGUGAGCUGCCAGCACCAGACAGUUGUGCCCUGGCUGAAGGGGAGGAGCCUGAAGAUGACAUUGUCUACACCAAGAAACCCUCCCUGCUGGGGAAACUGAGGGCUAUCGCUAACAAGGUGUGUUAGACUGACUGUAUAGUGCAUGCCUUCGCUUUCAGCGGCACGUCAGCCAGUGUGCUGCAAAAUAUUCUCAUUUGAACUUUUUUCAAGGCUUUGUCCAUACAACUAGACAUGAUCUUUUUUGGAAGAACCCAUCAAACGAUGAACGCUUUUGACAAAAGGGGUUAAAUACAGCAGUCGAGAGAGUUUUAAAGUUUUAUGGAUUCUUUUUCUCUGGGAACAAUGGCUGUCUGAAAAUUUCAAAACAGUGAAUUUACUGCUUGUCAGAAUGUCACAGCAAACAAAGUGAUCAAACAAUAGACCAUUUUGCCAUCAGCCAUGCAAAAAAAGGACCAGGCAACUAAUCUCCAUGGUUACAACUGUCAAUUCAAAGAUUUUUGAUGCGUAAAUUUGUUCUUUAUGACACCUCAAAUUUGUGUUUUAUCUCCCAGCAGGAGGAUGGUGAAAGCAGUGAGUCAGUGCAGCUGAACUCAUCUCAGUCUGAUCGAUGGGUCCUUGGAUAAACUCAUGUCAGGGGGACGGAGACAGAGAAAGAAAGCGGGACAGCAACAGUGACCGCUUGGCUGUCCUCCUCUACAUGUGUCUUUACCCCUUUAUUGUCGGGGGGACACCACAACAGAGCCCAGUUUUCACUGGAAAUUGGGACGCUGGCAGAAACUGGACAAAAGCUUUUGCUCUGGUAGAAAACACAGGAAAUACUCUGCUGCUUUAACGCCAUGGAUGCUUCAGGGCAGCAAGUGAAAGAGAGACAGGCUUGUAAUGUUUUUUUUGUAUGUUUUGUAUUUUAUUUGGUAUUUUUCUGUUCAAAGUCAUGUAUUUAUAUUACUGUUAUAAUGAUGACACUUUAUUAAAGUCCAAUUUGACUUUGGAAUUUUUUCAUUCAUGUGUUGCAUUACCGCACAGGUUCAUGUGUCAUAAGUCAAUAUUUUAAAAAGAUAAUUGACUCAAAGUGAUUUUAAUGAUAAUUUAUAAUUUCUUUUCUUGGGAAAUACCAAAAGCAUGUUGUCUUAGCUUUUAUUGUUGGUUCCUUUGGGGUUUGAGUGUUCUUUGAAAAGAAAAAAGAUAAUAUUGAAGUCUCUGUUACAUCUCUGGGUGAGUGUGAUGGCUGUGAAGACAAUACAUGCAAAUGUAUUUAUAAUCGGGAGUUGUCAUAAAUUGCAGUCCUUUUAUGCAUACAAAGAGGAACUAAGUAUGGUGGCCCUGAAGGUCAUGACUGCAUAAAAUGUCUCAGUGGAUGCAAAAAAUAUUUUUAAAAAACACACAUAAAACAAAAUUCCUCAUAAGUAAAACAUUUAAAAAUAUGAAAAUUAUUACAAGAGAGCAAAAACAUUUCACAAAAUGACUUUUUUGGGGUGGGAUGAGGGGGUCAUUUUGAAAAUAUUUAAGAAAUAUUUGGGGGUUUUACCAAAUAUUUUUACAAUUUGUGAAAUGUUUUUAUGUUAAAUGACAAAAUUUUUGUUCUGUAAUAAUUUGUGGUUGUAUCUGGAAAUACUUCAUUAUUUAUUGACAACUUAGAAGGUUUGAUAAAACAUUUUUCCACUUUGUGAAA